UCUGCUCACUUCUUUAAACAUCGUGCCGGCCCCCUUGCUGCUGAUUGGUUCAGACCUGAUAAAUAAUAAACAAAGGAUCAGACAUUCAGUUAUUUUAAUGAAGUCGCCUGUAGCUUUAAAUGAGAGAGAGGUGUCAAUCAUUCCUCUGUGGGUGGGGCUAUAACAGCCUUCUUCCUGUCUCAGGUCAGACGGUGUGUUUGGGAGGUUCGGAGCGCCCCUGUUAUAAGAUCGCAUAUUUCCAUGACGUGUCCAGUCGUGUGGCGUUCAGGGAGGCGGGUCAGGCCUGUGAGAUGGACGGGGGGACGCUGCUGAGCAUCGAGAGUCCGGCCGAGCAGAGAGACAUCGAACACCUGCUGCAGGAGCUGCGUUCAGGUGCAGUGGGCGGAGCUGGAGGUGCAGUGGGCGGAGCUGGAGGUGCAGUGGGCGGAGCUGCAGGAGCAGUGGGCGGAGCCAGAGGUGCAGGAGGAGGGAUAGCUGACGGUGAUUUCUGGAUCGGUUUGACUCGAGUGGACGGAGACGAUCAGAUUCAUCCUGAACUCAGCAACACCUUCACUUCCUGUCCAGAGCUCUACUACUGGACAGACGGAAGCCCCGCCUCCUUCAGGAACUGGUACUUUGACGAGCCGUCCUGUGGAGGAGAGGCCUGCGUCGUGAUGUAUCAUCAGCCAACUGCACUUCCUGGUCUGGGCGGGGCAUAUCUCCACCAAUGGAACGACGACCGCUGCAACAUGAAACACAACUUCAUCUGCAAAUACCAACCAGACAGCCAACUUGGCAAGACUCAGAUUGACACACCAGGUGGGCGGGGCACAGAGGCCACAGGUGGAGGUGUGGUCACACCGUCAGCAGGUGAGGAGGUUCCCCCUCAGGUGACCGUAGCUGGAGCUUCAGGUGUGCUGCUCGUCUACGUCAUCAUUCCCACAAUCCCCCUGCUGCUGCUCAUCCUGGUGGCUUCUGGGACAUGUUGCUUUCAGAUGCUCAGCAGGAGCUCUCCUCAAACAAAGACUGCUGUCGACCAAUCAAACCUGUGGAUCUCUACAAACCCCAAACCAGACGGCAUGGAGGUCUGACAUCACAGUGACAUCACAGCUCAGCCAAUCAGCUUCACAGCAGGGAAAUGUUGACAUAUGGAAGUUGGCGUGGAUUUGACAGGACAUUGAUGUCAUCACAGCCUCGCAAACACACAAAAACCUGCUUCAGUUACACAACACAUGAAAUACACAAAACAACACAACACUUCAGUCCCCUCCUACAUCCUUCAUUUCCUUUUCUUGUCCUACAUCCUUCCUGCCUCCUCAUGAUGUUCAAACAUUCUUAGCGUUUCUAUCUGAUGUGUAGGAAGAUGUAACGAGAGGUUCAUGAGAGCGUGGUGCAUUCAAAGACACAUGGUCAGUGUUGGUUAAUCAGCUGUUACACGUGUUGUUUAUGUUCUUUGUGUGUUAAAUCGUGUAAAAUCAAAAAGGAUGAUGGGUAAUUAAAGGUUACCUGUGGUGAUGUCAUCGUGCUCUCCAGCAGAUGUGCAGAAAGCUGCCUGUUCCAAGGGGACUUGAACACACCAUUGACAAGACGGGAGGAUUUUAUUUAGAAACAAAUGAAACAGGUUGUUUACAAAGUGAAGUUUAAUCUUUAUUUGAAUCUCUGUUCAUGUGACAUCCCAUAAUACACAGAUUGACACGUUAGCAACAGUAACUAAGGGGUGGGGCCUUUGAAUGAUUUCUCACUUGCAGACUCUCUGAUCAAACAUCAUUAAAUUUACUUUCUUCUCAUCCGUCAUCGACUGGCCCAACAUUGGGCCCGGGUUGCCAUGGAAACACCUGCUGUCACGUGUUUGUGUGUUCAUGUUUGUGAAGAAUAAAACACUUUCUCAGUCACA